UGACAGCUAUUUACUUGAAGCAAAUGAUUAGUUUGGGCAGGAUGGUCUCUAGCAUUGAAUCAAUUACAGGACUCUGUUUCUGAGGCCAUCAGAGAAAGGGAAAUAGCAGCAGGGGGACUGGGACCUUACUUGGGGGGGACGGACAAAAACAAAGUUUUCGUUCUCCUCGUACUAUUUUUAUGGAUUAUUAACACAAGAAGUUGAUGAUCACCAUGGGUCCUUCCCAAAGAACAAUCCUGAUUGUGGGCUGCUUCUUGACAGGGCCAUGGCUAGCCUCUUGCCAGUCUUUGCUUCCAAAUAUUCUGCCGAACAAUGAUGAAAUGAUUGUGCAGCUGAAUUCCCCUUUCACCCUGAAAUGUUCUGGAGACAGUGAAGUCAGCUGGCAACAUCCCAUACCUGAUGGCAACCAUACCAUAGACCUCAAAAGCGAGGAGAACAACAGCGGCCUGUUUGUGACUGUGCUUGAUGUGGCAAAUGCUUCUGCUUCUCACACUGGAUUGUACACUUGCUACUACAACCAUUCUCAAGAGGAAGAUGGUGAGGUGGAGGGGAAGGACAUCUAUGUCUUUGUGCCAGAUCCAGCUGUUCCCUUUGUUCCGACAUUCCCAGAAGAGGAGUUCAUUGUCAUCACUGAAGAAGAAGAGUCCUCCACCAUCCCUUGCCGGACAAGUGACCCCAACGCCCAAGUAACUUUGAUGACCAGCGAAGGGAAAAUCGUGUAUGCCUUUUAUGACAACAGACAGGGCUUCAUUGGAAACUUCUCUGCAGGCUCCUAUCUGUGCAAGACUACCGUUAAGGGAGUGGAGUUCCUGUCCGGUGAAUUUGUCAUCUAUAUUUACAAAGCUACAUCACAUCUUCAUGUUGAGAUCGAAUCCCCUAAGACCGUGUAUAAGACAGGAGAAACCAUUGUUGUAACGUGUGUGGUCUUGGAUAACGAAGUUGUGAACUUACAGUGGAAUUAUCCAGGGAAAGUGAAGAACAAAGGUACAAUUUCACUUGAGGACAUCAAAAUUCCAACCCAGAAGCUGGUUUACAACCUGACCAUUCCAGAUGCUUCAGUGAAGGACAGUGGAGAUUAUGAAUGUGCUGCUCUUCAUGUGACCAAAGAUUUUAAGAAAACAAAAAGAGUCGUGAUCACAGUUCAUGAUAAAGGGUUCAUUCAUCUGGAACCCCAUUUUAACCCCAUGGAAGCUGUCAAUCUUCAUGAAGUUAAAAAAUUUGUAGUUGAUGUGCAUGCAUACCCAGAGCCAAAAAUGUUUUGGCUGAAGGACAAUGUGACUCUGAUGGAGAAUCUCACGGAGAUUGUCACUAAGUCCAAGCAGAUCCAGGAGACGAGGUACCAGAGUGUAUUAAAAUUAAUUCGUGCCAAGGAAGAAGACAGCGGAUAUUAUACUUUUGUAGCACAGAAUGAGGAUGAAACUCAAAGAUAUAUUUUCUCCCUGCUCAUACAAGUUCCAGCUUUAAUCCGAGAUCUGGUGGAUAGUCAUCACGACUCUGCGGGGCAAACAGUGAAAUGCUUGGCAGAAGGGACACCACUCCCUGAUGUGGAAUGGCUGGUUUGCAAGGACAUUAAAAAGUGCAGUAAUGACACCUCGUGGACCCUCCUGACGAACAAUAUCUCUGAUAUCACCAUGAAGACUCACCUUGAUCAGAAAAACAUGGUAGAAAGCCAGGUGACCUUUCAGAAGGUGGAAGAAACACUGGCUGUUCGAUGUAUGGCGAGGAAUGACCUUGGCACUGUGGCACGGGAACUGAAGCUUGUGGCUCCCACUUUACGAUCUGAAUUGACGGUGGCUGCUGCGGUCCUAGUGUUGCUCGUAAUUGUAAUAAUUUCGCUGAUUGUCCUGGUGAUCAUAUGGAAGCAGAAACCAAGAUAUGAAAUAAGAUGGAGAGUCAUCGAGUCCAUCAGCCCGGAUGGACAUGAAUACAUUUAUGUGGACCCUAUGCAGCUGCCAUAUGACUCACGAUGGGAAUUUCCACGAGAUGGAUUAGUACUAGGACGAAUCCUUGGUUCUGGAGCUUUUGGGAAAGUAGUUGAAGGAACUGCUUAUGGAUUAAGCCGGUCACAGCCUGUGAUGAAGGUGGCUGUGAAAAUGUUGAAGCCCACUGCGAGAUCCAGCGAAAAGCAGGCUCUUAUGUCUGAAUUAAAGAUAAUGACCCAUCUUGGACCCCACUUGAACAUAGUGAACUUGUUAGGAGCUUGUACAAAGUCAGGUCCAAUUUAUAUCAUAACGGAAUAUUGCUUUUAUGGAGACCUGGUGAACUACCUGCAAAACAGGGACAACUAUCUGAAUCGACAUCCUGAAAAGCCCAAGAAGGACUUAGACAUCUUUGGGAUGAACUCAGCUGAUGAAAGUACUAGGAGCUAUGUAAUCCUAUCCUUUGAAAACAAUGGUGAAUAUAUGGAUAUGAAACAAGCAGAGACAAUGCAGUAUGUGCCAAUGCUAGAAAGGAAAGACAGAUCGAAAUAUUCCGACAUCCAAAGGUCGUUGUAUGAUAGGCCUGCUUCGUAUAAGAAAAAUAUGUGUCAGGUAAGUUAAGAUGUGAAGAACCUCCUCUCUGAUGGCCAUUCAGAAGGCCUCACUUUGUUGGACCUGCUCAGCUUUACUUACCAAGUUGCACGGGGAAUGGAAUUCUUAGCUUCUAAAAAUUGUGUUCAUCGUGAUUUGGCAGCUCGGAAUGUCCUUCUGGCUCAAGGAAAAAUUGUGAAGAUCUGUGACUUUGGUCUGGCUAGAGACAUCAUGCAUGAUUCAAACUAUGUAUCUAAAGGCAGUACCUUCCUUCCAGUGAAAUGGAUGCACCUGAAAGCAUUUUUGACAACCUGUAACAUAGCAUUAAGUGAUGUCUGGUCUUAUGGCAUUCUGCUGUGGGAAAUAUUUUCUCUUGGUGGCACUCCAUAUCCUGGCAUGAUGGUUGAUUCUAUGUUCUAUAAUAAAAUUAAAAGUGGCUACCGAAUGGCAAAACCGGACCAUGCUACUAGUGAAGUGUAUGACAUCAUGGUGAAAUGCUGGAACAGUGAACCCGAGAAAAGACCUUCUUUUUACCACUUGAGCGAAAUAGUUGAGAACCUGUUGCCUGGAGAAUACAAGAAGAGCUAUGAGAGAAUUCACUUGGACUUCUUGAAGAGUGACCAUCCCGCUGUCACACGCAUGAGAGCGGACUGUGACAACACCUACAUUGGAGUCACUUACAAGAAUGAAGACAAACUGAAGGACAGGGAGAGUGGAUUUGAUGAACAAAGACUCAGCGCCGACAGUGGCUAUAUAAUCCCCCUGCCAGAUAUUGACCCUGUUUCAGAAGACGAGCUCAGCAAAAGGAACAGGCACAGUUCCCAGACUUCCGAAGAAAGUGCCAUCGAAACUGGCUCCAGCAGCUCCACAUUCGUAAAGCGAGAGGAUGAGACCAUUGAGGAUAUUGACAUGAUCGAUGACAUUGGAAUGGAUUCCUCAGAACUGGUUGAGGACAGUUUCCUGUAAUUCCCGAAGGAAGUAGUGGACAUCUUUUGAGGGGUGCGAGACAAGAAGAAAGAAAGAAAGAAA